AUGGCCAGCAACGCUUUCCCUCCCCUCGAUACCUCCAUGCCUGGUGGAAAUCGCGCUGGGGCGUCUCCGACGACCUUGCAAGCUGGUGGAUCGGUCAAUGGCAACGGGGUCGGCCCAGCGGCGAAUUACAUGGCGCCUCUGCCUGUCGGACACCAGCAAGACUUGAACUACCUCUACACGCAGAUUCAAGAGCUAGGAGGCAUUCUCAGAAGCAACCGAGAGAAGGUUAAUGUCAUCACGCGUGCGGCGGAAGAGGUUGCGAAACGCACCAACGGAACACUUUCGGAAAGUGAAGGUGGCCAGGAAAGUGACAAAGCCCGCAUCCGUGAAUUGGAACGUGAAUUGGCAAAGGCAAACCAUGUCGUCGAUCUCUACAAGCACGAGCAGAAGGAGAACACCAACUUGAUUGCAAUGUACGAAGACGCCCUGGGAACCGCCACCGAGCAAAUCCGCAAUUACAGCGGCGACACCGAGGGCCGGUUUCUAGCCCAGCGCAGAUACUACAACAACCUCCUGCAACAAGAAAAGGACGAGCACCUCCAAAGCCGGUUGGACCGGGACCACUGGCACGCUCAGACUUUGAGGGUGUGUGAGAUGAUUCGCACUGCAUUUCGGUUGCGUACGGACGAAUGGAGUGAAGAAUACACGGUGAUCGCAGGCCUCCAGGCCGAGGUGAGGUGUCUUCGGCGCUGUUUGGGGAUGGAACCUGAGCAGCCGGAAGAGGAGACCGGCUGGCCAUAUCUCAAAGACAUGCCGUUGAACGAUCAAGCUUGA